AUGCCCGAAGUGUGUGGUUUUUGCAGCUCUCAGGUGAGCCGUACUAAUCCAGGCCUCAAAUGUCAAGGUCGUUGCAGCAAAUAUUACCACUCGAAAUGUGCAAAGCUACCUCCUGGGUUCAAUGACCUCCCAGCUGAUUCUGGUAUCCUAUGGCUUUGUAAACAGUGUAUAAGUCAACCUCAAGCAAAAACAACUGAUAUCGAAGGACCUCCACCCUUUGUGAAGGAACUUAUGAUGGAAAUGGACUUGAUGCAUAAUGAUAUGAACGAUAUGAAGAAGCAGCAGGAUGAAGUUUUCAAAUCCUUGAAUUUUUAUGGAGAUAAAUUAGAUGAAUUUCACAAGCAGAUGGAAGAUGUUCGUAAAUACCUACACCAGAUUGAUAACCUCAAAGAGGAAGUUGCUGUCGUUAAGAACGAAUGCACAUCACUUAAGGCUGAACUUGAAUAUAUGCAACAACUCAGUCGAAACAAUAAUAUUGAGAUAUGUGGAGUAGUCGAAAGGAAUGGGGAGAACUUGAUAAACGUUGUGCAAAAUAUCAGUAACGUCGUUGGUUUCGAUUUUCGUAGCCAAGACAUUGACAAUAUUCAUAGAGUUAGACACUUUUCAAACAAUUCCAACCCCAAGAUGCCCAAGAAUAUUGUUGUGAAAUUUACCACAGGAGCGAAGAAAGCUGAAUGUAUGGAUGCUAUCCGGAAAGGAGAGAAUAAAAAGAGUCAGCUACCAAACAACGAAUUUCCAGUUUAUGUUAAUGAGAAUUUCUCACCUUAUUAUAAGGCAUUAUUCAGAAUAUCCAGAGAAUUCUGUCGCCUCAAAGGCUAUAAGUUAUGUAAGUUAAGAUAA